CUUAUCGACUCCACAUCUCACUCAAUUGCAUCGUGAUAGAAUAGUUCUCUAAAUCGGAAGCUCUACGCGGAAGAUCAUGUCUUCUCCACGAACGUCUCGCGUCGUACUUGUGACCGGUGCUACAUCGGGCAUCGGCAAGGAAACGGCGAAGCUACUCGCUUCAGAGGGCUGGAUAGUCGUCCUUUGUGGCAGGAGGGAAACCGCCGGCAUUGAGGUCGUGAAAGAAAUUGAACAGAAUGGGGGUGAGGCCAAAUUCAUCAAGUGCGAUAUCUCCAUCGAAGAAAACGUCCGUCAUCUCAUCGAAAAGACUAUCGAGUUAUUCGGCAGAAUAGAUGGCGCGGUCAACAACGCUGGAUAUGCAAAUGAUGCCGGCCUUCUGCAUGAGUUGAAGACUGAAGAGUUUGAAAAGAUGUUUCAGGUCAACGUCCUAGGAGUCUUCUGGUCAAUGAAAUAUCAGUUAAAACAAAUGCUCAAGCAAAAGUCAGGGAGUAUCGUGAAUCUUGCCUCAAUGGCAGGUCUAAAUGGAAUCCCUGCAAGUGCCACCUAUGCGGCCACCAAGCACGCGGUUGUUGGGCUCACGAAGAGUGCUGCCAUUGACUACGGGACUUCUGGUGUGCGGGUCAACGCCGUUGCGCCCGGAGCCAUUAAAACCGAUAUCCUUCAGUAUGCCAUUGAUGCUGGAGCUUAUAGUGAAGAGAGCAUUGCAGCAAUGUUUCCAAUGAAGCGCAUGGGUGCACCCAUCGACAUUGCUAAGGGCAUCAGUUUUCUGCUCAACAACGAUUACGCGACUGGCACGAUUCUUAGUAUAGACGGAGGGUUUGACGCACAGUAA